ACACACGUUGACGCGGUUAUUUUUUAAAUUGAUUCCUGGAGGCUCGAAUUGUAUGGAUAUUUUCCAAAGUCCGAUAUAAAAAAUAUUCAAUAUUCAAUAUACAUGUACUUAAGACGCUUAUACGAAAACAAAUUAAAUUUUGAUAAAAAUGACAAUUUAUUAUAAUUCUAAUGGUAGCGACAAAUCAAAGGAUGAUAAUACAUGCGCCAAGGUAAGAAGAGACAAUCAAAUUAAAACUGACCAAAAUGGUCAAGAAUUUCGACCAUCGAAAAGGUUAUCUUUCUCCGGUCAACAAGAUGUCAGACAAAGGAAAUAUAAAGUCAGCCAUGACGUGACACCAUCACCAACAGAUUCUGAAAAUGGAAAUUAUUAUAGAAACUUGGCAUUUUCAGCCUCAUCACAGGACAAUAUACCUGCAAAUAGAACUUCUACAUUAAAAUUAAAUUUUGAUGAAGACAAUAUAAAUCCAGCCAAUGAUGAUGUGUUUGUCAUAUCACAUGCAGAUAGUGCAGUGUAUUCAGAAAAAUCCAAAGCUAAGCGAGUGGAAAGUGCACGGACUUCGCCGUCGGACGAAAAUCCGUCAAAAUCGAAAAUUAGGAAAAUAUGUUUAAUAAUAAUGUGCGUAGUGAUUAUAUUAGGACUUUUAGCAGGCAUAACUGUGAUAGUAGUGUUUUAUUUUUUAAAUUUAGAUCAAAACCCUGAGACAACUACACAAAGUUCUGUCUCUACAACUCAAAGUAACAUUGUUUUAGAUAGUAGUGUGAAGCUGAAGAAUGAUUGGUCCAAUCAAUUAUAUAAUUCUUCAUCAGAUUUUUAUAAAACUUUGUCACAAAAUUAUACACAAGAGAUUGACAAUCUCAUGCAAAAUAGCAAUGUAUCACAAUAUUAUCUUGGUGUCAGGGUACUGGAUUUCAGCCCUGGCAGUAUCUUUGUCCAUUCUGAGAUCUCAUUUGGACCAGAUGUGUAUUCAGAAACAUUAUUUUUCGAUGUUUAUGAUUUAUCAAAUGGUAUAGAAGACAUUAUACGAUUAGAGUCGUCAUUAGGAAAAACAUCACUACUCAUAGAUACCAGACAGAUUUAUGUCAGCGGUAAAUGUAUAUCAUUGGAUUUUAAUGUGUGUUCAUCAUUUUAUAAUGCAACAAGUUUCCCGAACUUUUAUAAACAUAAAACUUAUGCGGAUGCAGUGACCUACUUCCAGAAUGAUUUACAGCCUGUGAUUGACAGUGGUUGUUCUAGUCUGACCUCAUUAUUUCUUUGUGGACUUAGUUUUCCAAGUUGUAAUAAAGCAAGACAAUUACUGCCAUGUAGAAGUGUUUGUAAGCAAUACAAUAUAGAAUGUUCAGACUCUAUAGAUUGUUUUCAGUUUGAGGAUUCUACCGAUCGUAACAUAUGUCUCACCAUGCCCACAUCAACAACAACAAAACAAACAACUGCCAUGACAACAGAAGACAUAACAACUACCAUGACAACAGAACCUACAACUGCCAUGACAACAGAAUCUACAACAACUACCAUGACAACAGAACCUACAACUACCAUGACAACAGAAGCCACAACAACUACCAUGACAACUACAGAACAGACAACAACAGUAACACCAGAACCAAUAUCAACAACACCAAAAGCACUUUGUGAAGAUGUACAAGCAGUUCAGUGUCAACGAGUUGGUAUAAACCAGACAACAUUUCCUAAUCAUUUUGACCAGAAUUCUCAGUACGAAGCUCUGCUGGUUUUUAAUGAGUUCAUCAAUGACACAUGUUCAGAGAAUUCUACCCUGUUUUACUGUGCAGCAUUGUUCCCCAGGUGUGACGAAGGAGCAUUAGAAAAACCGUGCAAGGAUUUGUGUUUAGCGGCCAUGAGAGAAUGUGGUGACAAUGCACUACAGCUUUUCACUGAGAAAGACUGUAACCUGUUUAACGAUCGAUACUGUGUUCGUCCAUUACCCUCACCUCCAACACCAACAGAAACAUCAACAACACCAUCAACAACAUUAGAAACUACCACUUCAACAGAUAAGUGUGUAGCUGUACAAGCCGAGGUCUGUCAUCCAGUUGGUUUAACUACGACAGCCUUUCCUAAUUUCUACAGCCAAAACAGCCAAGAUGAAGCUCUAAAGACAUUUAAUAGUUAUAUCAAUGAUAGCUGUUCAGCUAAUGCUACGCUGUUUUACUGUUCGUCAUUUUUCCCCCAUUGUGAUCAGGGACACAAACAAAAUCCGUGUAAAAGUCUGUGUUUAGCUUCUUUAAAAGAAUGUGGUUCUUCUGUGCGACUUGCCAGCCAGGAAAGCUGUAACAGUGGGUUCUAUCCAGAACAGGACUGUGUAGAACCACUUCCUUCACCAAUAUCAACACAGAUAUCCACUACACCAUCAACAACAACUCAAACUUCAGAUUUGUGUGAAAAAGUGGCGUAUAAAGACUGUCAACAGUUCAGUAACUCCACGAUAUUCCCUGGCAUGUGGAGUAGUACAAACCAUGACAUGGCCGUACAGGUUAUGUCAGCCUACCAAUGGAUUGUAGAUAUGCAAUGCUCAAGUUAUUCACUGAAGUUUUUCUGUAGUGGAGCAUUCCAUCAUUGUGAUAAAGGGGUUAAAAAGCUUCCGUGUCGUAGCUUGUGUGAAGUUGUUGAGAAGGACUGCCAAUUCCAAGGUUUUUUUAAUUGUACUUAUCUGCCAGAAACUGAUUGUGUUCCCAUGGAUACAGAAACACAGCUCCCAAAUUGUACAUUAACCGGACAAGUGACCUGCCCUGAUGGGUCUUGCAUUAUGUCUGAGUGGAUGUGUGACGGCGAGGCUGAUUGUUCAGACAAAUGGGAUGAACUAAAUUGUACUAAAUGUUCUGCUGAGCAGUUUACCUGUCAUGAUGGAACUUGCAUAGAUGGAUCUAAAAGAUGUGAUUCAGUGACAGCAUGUCCUGACAAAUCAGAUGAAAGAGAUUGUGUACGUCUGAAUGAGCAGAUACCUGGUGUAUUGAUGGUUAAUUACAAAGAUUACCAUAUACCAUUUUGUUAUGACAGUUGGUUAGAUGCCUUAGGUUUUCAUACAUGUACAUAUGUACUUGGCAAUCAAAACUAUACGUCGUCUUCUGGUGUAGAUUUCCCGGCCAGGACAUAUGCACAUCUCGUAAUGGGGGUACCAGAGAGUGAACCAGGUGCAUAUCCUUCACAGUUCGGUUACUUAGUAGGAAAGUCAACUUGUAAAGACAAUAAGGUUGUGUCAUUAAUGUGUGUUCCUAAAGGUUGUGGUCAGAAGCUUGUUGGAGGUGGAAUGGUUGGAUAUAUUGUCAACGGGUAUACUGCCGCUCCAGGGGCGUGGCCAUGGCAGGCAGCCCUAGAAUUACAAGUAACGGGAACAACAACAUUCCGUAAACAUUUGUGUGGUGGUGUACUUAUAUCACCAAACUUUGUAUUAACAGCUACGCAUUGUGUCAAUGAAUAUUCUGAUGUUAAAUUAUACCGUGUAAUACUUGGUGCUGCCAACCGGAAUAAUCUUGGUGCAUCAUCAAAAACGUAUGAAGUGGAACGUACUAACAGAUUUGAUGAUAAAUGGUAUAGCUUCCAGUCAGGGGACAUAACCCUUCUACAGUUAAAACAGACAGUAGAGUAUACACCAUACAUCCAGCCUAUAUGCUUACCCUCAGAAUCAGAUGUGACACCCACCACAGCUAUUUGUUAUGGGACAGGCUGGGGGCAGUUGACUGGAGAAAAAAAUGGUAAAUUUGCUGAUGAUCUACAAGAACUGAAAUUGAAACUUUGGAAGACAGAGAAAUGUAAUGGAAGUAAAGCGUGGAAUGGUAAAAUAGCUCAUGGUUAUGUAUGUGGAGGCUACGAGUCUGGUAUUAGGUCUAUGUGCUCAGGAGACAGUGGCGGCCCUAUGGUAUGUCAAGAUAAUCAGAACAACUGGUACCUUAAAGGGAUAGCGAGCUAUGUAGCUAACUACUGUAACAUGACAAAUCGUCCAAACGUCUUCACUGAUGUACAAACUUAUCUGGGUUGGAUAAACAACAACACAAAGUGUAUAUUCAAAUGUAAAAAUGGUAAAUGUAUUUAUGAUAGUGAGUUGCUAUGCAACAGGGAGGAUAACUGUGGAGACAAUUCUGAUGAGAUAGACCAAUGUGAUGUUUCUGUGAGCUGUACAUUUGACGACAAAUUCAUGUGUGGAUAUGGAAUUGAAGGAUUUCAACAACAAAGACAGAUUUUAAAUUCUCAGGACCCAACAACUUUACCAUCAUUUGACCACACCUUUGGUCGCUAUCCAGGAUAUUAUAUGGCGGGAAAAACCCCAUCAUCUUCAGGAAGUGAGGGGAGACUAACCUCACCAAAGUUCACAAUACAAGGUUCUACGUGUAUCAGAUUCUUCUACAAUCUCCGUGGAGACCUGAAUGCUGGCUUGAAGGUACGAAUGUACACCUUCUCAACAUCAGGAGACAGGUUGCAAGGUCAACAGGUGUAUGCGUCAGGAGAAGGUGUAUUUACUGACAAGUGGAGACUGGGAUACAUUGAUCUGAGUAUCGGUACAUAUGAGAUUGUGUUCAUUGCCAACGACGGGAUGCAGGUUGCUGUUGAUGAUGUAUCUAUGCUCAAAGGAAUGUGUUCUCAAUCAGUGUGUCUUGCCAAUGAGUAUAAAUGUACAUCAGAAGCUGGAAGUGAUGCCUGUAUAAACUUUAAUUCCCUGUGUGAUGUUGUCAAAGAUUGCCAUUCAGAUGAACUUAACUGCAAUCAUUCUGAGCGACACUAUGAUUGUGAGUUUGAGAACAGUGUCCUCUGUGAUAUCCAACAGGAGACCUUUGACAAUGGAGAAUGGCUUAUUAUUAACCAGACCUAUACUAAAUCAUUUGUACUGUACAGUGAAUCUUUCCCAGAUCACACCACGGGAACAGAUCAAGGUUAUAUGUUGUUUUUAAUGACAAACCUUUUGAUGAGGUCAGAAUUUGUUGCCAUGUCAUUAGAUGUAUCACUGCAAGACAAAGAUUUCUGUUUGACCUUCUGGUAUAGAUCAAAGACAGAGGCCACUUUCAAGAUUGACAUCCUACACAAUACAACUGUAAUGAAACUAAUGAGUUUCACAGACAGAACCACAAAAAAUUGGACCAAAGCCCAGAUGCAACUUCCACCAAUGAGUGAUGCUGUUAUUAAAUUCACUGUUGUCACGGAAACACCUGCUAUUCAUAGUUACUACAAACCACAUCUGGCCCUAGAUGAUAUACAGAUAUCUAACGGACUCUGUCCUGAUUAUGGUUGUCCUGAGAAUUGGAGUAAGUGUGGUAAUGAGAACUAUUGUUAUUCCCCUGAAGAAAAAUGUGACAGAAAACUACAAUGUUCUGAUGAAUCAGAUGAAAUCAACUGCAAUUGUACCGCUGAUGAGUUCCGUUGUAAUAGUGGAAGAUGUAUACCAUUAUCUCAGAAGUGUGAUCGGAUUGGUCAGUGUCUGGACGGCUCAGAUGAAGGAGAUUUAUGUGAUCCUAUGAAUGCAGUGUCUUGUAUCUUUGAAAGUCCUUAUCUUUGUGGGUAUACAGUAUUGUCCAACAGUUCACUGACAAAUGAGUACAAAUGGUUAUGGACAUCCGGUGAAACACCAUCUUUUUAUACUGGUCCCAAGACUGACCACACCACAGGAACACCUCAAGGGCAUUACAUGUAUGCAGAAGGCAAUGAUGGUACACAUGGAGACCAAGCAAGAAUGGCGUCCAUUUAUUUCUUGACAACAGCCAAUCAGAGUCUUACAUUUUUCUUCCACAUGUUUUUGGCACAAUACACCAAGACUGGAGGUCUGCAGAUAGCGACUAAAGAAGAUGGAUCAGAUAUUGAAAAUGUCAUCUGGUUCCAUAAUGAAUCUUCUGGGGAACCAUGGUUGUCAGGAUGUGUGGAUUUACCAGCCAAUCAAAAUCUGUCUAUCAUUUUCAUAUCCAAUCGGCAUUCUCUUUCUAUACAGGAUGCAGACAUAGCUAUAGAUGAUAUAGCAUUAAGAGAUGGCCUAUGUGGAACGCAUAGUGAACCAGAUGUUACUACGGCUACCGCUGAAUCACCAACAGAAACAUCGCCAUCUACAGGUUGUGCGUCAGACCAGUUUACAUGUAACAAUGGUAUUUGUAUACCAAUAUCAAGUCGUUGUGAUACUUUUAGUGACUGUAUCAAUGGGGAGGAUGAGUUAAAUUGUAAUACUGGACCCUAAUUUGAAUGACUAUUUUCUCUGUGGAAGAUGGGAGAUGAUUAACUGCAAUCUUGGCCCAUUGUCAAUAUGGACUAUAUUAUGUAUAGCGCAGAUGAUUAACUGCAAUCUUGGCCCAUUGUCAAUAUGGACUAUAUUAUGUAUAGCAAAUGAUUAACAAGCGAAGUUGAUUAACAC